AUGCAUGCUCUGCGGCCGGGCUCAAUCAAGGAGGCGACGCUGCAGCAGGGCAAGCGGCCGUAUGGUGAGGAGAGUCGGCGCUACCGCCGCACCAUCUACCGGCACGAGGACUGGCUCCGGCACCGCUCCGAGACGCGACUGCUGCGCAACCUGCAGGGCACGUUCACCUCUGGCGUCGUUCGGUCGCUGCUGAGUGAGGUCAUUGCCGUCACGCUGGUCGCACUGCUGGUGAUUGUUUGGAACGCUGCGCUCUUUGGGUACGACAGCCUGGGUACGACGACGACCCAGCCCGGCCUCUUUGGCGAGGAAGUGCCCGCCUUCCUGCGUGCUCAGCUUCCCGUCAGCAUCUUCACUCUCUCCUCUCCCGCGCUGGGGCUGCUGCUCGUGUUCCGCACGAACACGAGCUACCAGAGGUGGCUCGAGGCGCGACAGGCGUGGGGCCGCAUCGUCUCGCACUGCCGCAACAUCAUGCGGCAGGCGACGCUCUGGAUCGAGGAGGACGAGGCGGAGGACGUGGCAGACCCCGACGCCGCGCGCCGCAGUCUCGAGGAGUUGCGCCUCUGCGUGUGGGCGUUCCCGCGCAGUCUGUGGGCGCACCUCUCCGACCCCGCCAAGGAGCCGCGCUUCGCCCAAGAGGUGCGCGAGCGCUUCCCGAGCGACGCGUCAGCCGCGCUGCUGCUGGGCUCGUCACACCGCCCGCUCCGCGCCCUCUCGCUCCUCUCGGCCGCCAUGGACCGGCUCCCCAUCGACGAGAAGAAGAAGAAGACGAGUGACGACGUGCGGGUGACAGGCGACGCGUGUGAGACGUGCGAGCGCAUCUUCGCCAACCCAGUCCCGCUGGCGCGCUUCCUGUCCGCGUGGCUGCUCCUGCUGCCACUCGGCCUCUGGGAGGGCUUCGGCGCGCGCCGCUCGAAGCGCCUCUCGCGCACGCGUCUCUCGAAAGUGGUCUCGAUUUUCCUCUUUGGCAUCGAGGAGCUCGCCGAGCCCUUCUCGAUCCUUCCGCUCGAGGCCUUGUGCGAGGAGGUGGCCGUCGCCGCGGACGCGAUGCUCGAGGGCCGCGCGAGCGCGCGAGCGCCGCUGGUGGAAGCGGGUCGACGUGCCACGCCACCGGCGCGGCGAGGCGGCGUUGGGCCGGCGAUGCUGCUGCAUGCGGAGGACGCGGGGGCGACUCUGCUGGCAGCGGCUCUUAGCGCCACGCAGCAGCAGGAGCGCUACUUCUUCGCGGGCGGGCUGUGCGCGAGCCUCUCGCACGCCCUCGCUACGCCGAUCGACGUCGUGAAGACGAAGCAGCAGACGCGGCCUGAGUUCCGCGACUUGUCGCUGCUCGACGGGCUGAGGCGUGCGGACGGGCCCGCCGCGCUCCUCACCGGCGUGGCGCCGACGGUGGUCGGGUACGGCCUCGAGGGCGCGUGCAAGUUUGGUGUGUACGAGGCACUCAAGCCGGCCUCCGCGCCACUCCUCGCGUCGCUCGGGCUGGGCGCGGACCAGAGCGCCGCGGCCGGGCCAGUGGCCGCGGCGGUGGUGGCAGGCGGGCUCGCGUCGCUCGUUCUCGCGCCGGCGGAGGCGACGCGGAUCCGCAUGGCGGAGGGGGCCGCCGGCUUGCUGCAGGGCGUGCCAGCCACGUGCGCUAAGCAGCUGCCGUACACCGCCACGAAGCAGGUGAGCAGCGGCGGGGCGGACCAUGAGGGCGGUGUGUGGGCGGCGGCGGAGAGGCUCGGGGCAGACGGGCUGGUGAGGGGGUUGCGCGCGCGGCUGGCGCAGGUUGGCGUGAUCGUCACAGUGCAGCUGGUGUUGUACGACACGCUCAAGCACGCCUUCGGGGUGCCGUGA